AUGCUCUACUCUAAGCUGAAUUAUGACAUGGGCCGACAGAGCCUCGAAUCCGGCCACGAGAAGGCCUGGACGCCUAGAUUUGCUCGGAGAGGUGCUUCGAACGCCGCAAAUGGAGAUGCAACGGAUUCGGUCCGCGACCAGAUGAUGCGGCAUGAGCCUGGGUUUAAAACAUUUUUCAGUGCGUAUCUGAAUGAGAUUGCCAACUUUGAUCUCCAGAACGCCUUCUUGGAGGAGGAAAAGCAAAGCCAACUGUUCCGCAUGUUUGCACAUGUAAGCUUGACCCGCGACCCUCGUGCCGUAAGGGAUAUGGUGCCUGAGAAGGUAUGGGCGAAUCAGCCGCCGGACCCUGAGAUUGUGCAGUUGGAGGAGGAGCGCACAAUGCUUAAGCAGGGACGGUAUCGAAUCGAUGGUAGUGACCAUGAAGACAGAAUCCGAGCACUCACGGACGAGAUCAGAAAUAAGAGGACACAAAACGAAAGGAGGGUCGUGAAAGAAUAUCGCGAAUACUAUUUCUACAACCUUCCCACCUGGGACAUCGAGGCCCAAGCCCGCGAGGAGGUGGAAGAGGAAUAUGAGCAGCCGACAAUCGACCUCGUUAUACCGGAGCGGGCUAGACUAGCCAACAUUUUUUGUCUGCAACCUGACGGCUCGACGGGAAAAGAGCUGUUCCAACGCAGAGUUGAGGCUAUCGACUUGAUGGUGGCUCUAUGCGAUAAGAAGGAAACAGGCAGAACUAGACGCGGGCAACGGCCAGCCAGGGUCGAGGCUUCCAUCAAGCAAGAGUCGCCGGAAAGUGACGCACCGUCGGAACUAGAUUUCGGGCCAGAUCCCUUCCCGCUUCUUAUGGAGGUAACGCAGUGCCCAGACUGCAUUGGUGACGAGCAGCUGUCAGUUGAGGCGCGAAAGUUUAAAUGGUGCCGUCCGCCGGUACUUAACGACCACUUCGAUGACGAGCACUUGGCUCGCCGAAAGAUUGCUGCGCAACGUGCGGUGGAUGUGCAAUAA